AUGGCUGCCCUGUCCAGGUUCAUCUCAAAAGCCUCGGACAAAGGGUUGCCCUUCUUCAAAGCGCUCAAACUUCCAAAAUCUAAAGAGCUCAUAUGGGAAGAAGAGCAAAAGAUAGCCUUCCAACAACUCCGAGAGCACUUGGCUAAUCUCCCAACGCUGGCAAGACCAGCUGAAGGGGAAGUCUUGUACUUGUACGUGGCAGUUAGCCCCGCCACAGUAAGUGCGGUGCUGCUGAGGGAAGAAGAAAAGGUUCAGCAACCGAUCUACUUCGUCAGUCAUACUUUGACCGACGCCGAAACGCGCUACCCCUUGCUCGAAAAAGUUGCAUAUGCAGUGGUAGUAGCGGCUCGGAAGUUAAGGCCUUAUUUUGACUCACAUCAGAUAGUAGUCUUGACAGAUCAACCGCUUGAAAAAGUCCUCGGCAAGGUGGAGAAGUCAGGCAGACUAACAAAGUGGGCCUUCGAGCUCACUAAGUUCAGCGUAAGCUACCAGCCGAGGGCAGCUAUUAAGGCCCAAGCCUUAGCAGAUUUCCUAGCCGAAUGUUCCUAUCAGGAAACACUCGACAAGGGAAAGAAGAUCUGGACUGUUUUCACGGAUGGCUCAACCACCGUGAAUGGUUCGGGGGCAGUGGUAGUGAUCACCUCUCCCGAAGGCAAAAACUUCGAGUAUGCACUAAAAUUCUCAUUCAAGGCCUCCAACAACGAAGCCGAAUAUGAAGCAGCAAUUGCUGGCUUAGAUUUGUGCAUAGCCCUCGAAGCCGAACAUGUCUGUUUAAAGACAGACUCUCAGCUAGUCGCCAAUCAGAUCCGAGGCGAAUAUGAGGCUAAGGAACCCUCCAUGAUAUCCUAUCUCGCCAAAAUCAAAAACGUGAUGGCGAAGCUGAGAACGUUUGAAGUUGAGCUAAUCCCAAGGGGCCAAAAUGCUCAAGCCGAUGCACUCUCCAAACUUGCAAGUUCAUCUCUCACAGAGUUGGACCGAUCUGUAUAUGUGGAAGUGCGCCGAAACAGAAGCAUCGACCAAGAAGCUGAGGUCCUAUGUGUCGAGGCCGAACCAAGCUGGAUGGACACCAUCCUCGCUUAUAAGCUUCAGGGCGAACUUCCCGAAGAAAGAAUCUUGGCCGCGAAACUGAAAAGAAUCGGCUCAAGGUUCAUUGUCUAUAAUGGGGAACUCUUGAAAGAAUCCUUCCCAACCCCACUGUUGAAAUGUGUGGGUCCAACAGAUGCAGAUUAUAUCCUUCGGGAGAUUCACUUCGGCAUCUGCGGAAACCACAUAGGGGGAAGGACCUGA